GAAUAAAAUCAGAUCUGGUGCUAUUAUUGUAAGUGGUGGUUUUGCAAUGUUUGCAGGCAUUUGCACAUAUGCUGGACAAGAAAGAUUUUAUCGUGAAAUUCUUAUGCCUACAGUGCGGACUGUUAUGGAUGCUGAUAGAGCUCAUGUCUUUGCAGUGAAAAUGGCAGCAUGUGGUCUUGUACCACGCAAUAACUACACUGAUCCAUCAUUGUUGAGUACUAAACUAUGGAAUAUGAAGUUCAGUAAUCCGAUUGGUUUAGCAGCAGGUUUUGACAAGAAUGCUGAAGCAAUAAAUGGUCUUCACAAAAUGGGAUUUGGAUUUGUUGAAGUUGGUAGCAUUACCCCGGAACCACAACCUGGCAACCCCAAACCAAGAGUUUUUCGUUUAGUGCAAGAGUGUGCCAUUAUUAACAGGUAUCAAUGUUUUGUGUUGAAAUCUUGUGUUUAUGCGCAGACCCUCUGUCUAUGGUCUGCAAAUGAGAUGCAAUCCAUUGCAAUAUUUGUAGUAG